UGGCCGGCAGGGUGGGAGGGAGCAGCUCGAGUCCUCUGGGGCAGGCUGGUGAUGCCAGACGCCUGACUGGGCGGACCCACCAGCCAGCUGCCUCUCUCGAGUCAGGCCAGUGCUUGGGUCCCCUGUGCCCACCCGCUGUCCGUGGGGCAGCCGCCUCCUGCUCGUCCGGCCAUGCGGUGGCUAUGGCCGAUAGCUGUCUCUUUCGCCGUGGUGUCGGCUGUGGGGCUGAGCAGAGUCUCUGGGGGUGCCCCCCUGCACCCGGGCAGGCACAGAGCCGAGGUCCAGGAGCAGCAGAGCCGGCCCAGGAGAGGCACUGAGGAUGAGGAGGCCAGGGGGGUGCAGCAGUAUGUGCCCGAGGAAUGGGCUGAGUACCCCCGGCCCAUCCGCCCUGCUGGCGUGCAGCCCACCAAGCCCUUGGUGGCCGCCAGCCCCGACCCAGACAAGGAUGGGGGGACCCCAGGCAGCAGGCAGGAGGCUCGGGGCAAUCUGACGGGGACGCCUGGUCAGAGGCUGCAGAUUCAGAACCCCCUGUACCCAGUGACCGAGAGCUCGUACAGGGCCUAUGCCAUCAUGCUCCUGGCCCUGCUGGUGUUUGCGGUGGGCCUCGUGGGCAACCUGUCCGUCAUGUGCAUCGUGUGGCACAGUUACCACCUGAAGAGCGCCUGGAACUCCAUCCUCGCGAGCCUGGCCCUCUGGGACUUCCUGGUCCUCUUUUUCUGCCUCCCUGUCGUCAUCUUCAAUGAGAUCACCAAGCAGAGGUUGCUGGGUGACAUUUCUUGCCGGGCUGUACCCUUCAUGGAGGUCUCCUCUCUGGGGGUCACCACCUUCAGCCUCUGUGCCCUGGGCAUCGACCGCUUCCACGUGGCCACCAGCACCCUGCCCAAGGUGAGGCCCAUCGAGAGGUGCCAGUCUAUCCUGGCCAAGCUGGCCGUCAUCUGGGUGGGCUCCAUGAUGCUGGCUGUGCCCGAGCUCCUGCUGUGGCAGCUGGUGCAGGAGCCCGCCCCCACCACGGGCACAGUGGACUCAUGCAUCAUGAAGCCCUCGGCCAGCCUGCCCGAGGCCCUGUACUCGUUGGUGAUGACCUACCAGAACGCCCGCAUGUGGUGGUCCUUCGGCUGUUACUUCUGCCUGCCCAUCCUCUUCACAGUCACCUGCCAGCUGGUGACGUGGCGGGUGCGGGGCCCGCCGGGGAGGAAGCCAGAGAGUCGGGCCGGCAAGCACGAGCCGUGUGAGAGCCAGCUCAACAGCACGGUGGCGGGCCUCACCGCGGUCUAUGCCCUCUGCACCCUCCCCGAGAACGUGUGCAGCAUUGUGGUGGCCUACCUGUCUGUGGAGCUGAGCCGCCAGACCCUAGACCUCCUGGGCCUCAUCACCCAGCUCUCCGCCUUCCUCAAGGGCGCCACCUCCCCCGUGCUCCUCCUGUGCAUCUGCAGGCCGCUGGGCCAGGCCUUCCUGGCCUGCUGCUGCUGCUGCUCGGAGUGUGGCCUGGCCUCUGAGCCCACGGCUGCCCCCGGCCCGGACAGCAAGCUCAAGACCGAGAUGGCCUCCCCCACCUACUUCCACAGGCCCAGGGAGUCACCCCCGCUCCUGCCCCUGGGCACGCCUUGCUGAGGCCAGGCCCCAGCGGGAGGCACGGGGGCCGGGCAAGGUGCGCAGGACGGGGUGGGGAGCCGCCCCCAUCUGCAUCCGGGGUCGCUGUCCCCACAGGUCUUGCCGGCUAGAGGGGGCCCUGGCUCCUUGUGCUGCGGGUGGGGUGUGCCAAAGCCCGCUCUCCGAGCAGGGCCUCCCCUGUCCUCAGGGGCCUUCCUGCCCUGUCCUCUCAGCUGAUGGGUGGGAUGCUUCCAGGCCUUUGGAACUGCCUAGGAACACUCAGUCCUGCUGGCCGGGAGCCAGACCUUCACCUGGCUCCAGCCCUGCUUCCGUUGUCUCGGACCUGACGAUAUCUCUUCUCACCCCCUUACCCCCCAUCCUGGAGCAGGGGGGGCUCUUCGGGGGCCAGCCCGGCUUGGCUCUUCCGGGGACUGGGUCCGUCCCAGGCCCAGAUGCUCCUCCUCUCGGCGCCUUCUCUUCUCUGGGAGGAUCUUUCUCCCUUCUUCCUCCUUUGAGGUACCCAGGUUGCCCUGUCUGGGCCCCCUUGUUAGGUGCCCCCCUGUAGAAGGCCCUUCUUGAAAAACAAUAAAUUAGGUAGAACUCCCUCUGUGGACCCUAGACUUUCUUGUGCCCCAUCCUGGCUGAACCCAUGCACCUGGGCCUUCCCUAGGACAGGCAGUGCCCUGGGGGGAUUCCUCCUGGCCCCCUGUGCCCUUUCUGGCCUGUGGCUGGUGUCCUGCCCAGCCCUGUGGCCCUACAUACAGUUUUUGAGGGGCAGAGUGGAUGGAAGGCCUGGGGGUUGGGUGCGAGGUGUCAUCCAGGCCUGAGCCCAGCCGUUCUGGCUGCCAAUGGACCUCCUCUGAGCCCCCACCUCUGCUCCUCUCUCUCCACAAAGCCCCCAUUUGUAGAGAAGCCAGCAGCCUGCCCUCCGAGGGCCCGGGAGCUCCAGCCCCGGUGGUUCUGAGAAGCCGGCCUUGUUCCGCUUCUCAGCUCAGGCCGUUGUGCCUGUGGCUGACCCAGCUGCCUGUCCCCAGCCUGCCCCCACCCACCCCAGCCCCUUCCCGUCUCCUCCUGCUGGGCCUGCACUGUGUUCCACUUCCUCGGUGUCCCCUCUGGGCCCUUCCGACGGCCCCUUGGCCUUGUUUGGGCCAGGGAAGCUGGCACGCAGUCAAUCAGAAGGGACCCCUCAGCCCAGGCCACAAAUCAGUCCCUGGCCUGGUAAGCCUGGCUUUCUUCAGAACUAUCCUUCCGGGUGGGAAGCGCUGCCCUGGGUCUCACAGCAGUUUCUGCCUGCCAGGCCGGUGGGGUCCCGGGGCUCAGAAGGGCCCCCAAGGCAGGGGUUGCCGAGUGUCCUGGACUCCAUUCUCCUCUGUCCACCCCUCCCACACCCCUCGGCCCUGGCCAGCCCUGUGCCCAAGCCUCCUUCCCCCCUCUCUCGGGAUCUUAACAGCCUUGUUCUCUCUCCCUGGCACCCACCCCCAGGACGGGUGACGCCAAGGGCGAGGGAGGCCGUUGCUAGGUGACAGUGCCGCCAUGUGCACACUCUCUGUGCUGGGGAAGGACACCCACUGGUUUCUUGGUGGACCUGUUGCCACAGUGACUGAAGCCCCCCACUUGGUACAAACUUAGCAGGGGAGCAGUUUGGACAGGGGGCCAAAGGCAGGCCUGCUGCGCUGAGUUACCAGGGCCACUUCCUCCACAUUGCACCCCCAACUCCCUCUCUGCCAGUACCAUGCCCCCCGCCACCCCAUAGUUCCUAGGAGAUGCAGGAAGUCGGGCGGGGUGAUCCGAGGCACAGCUGGGACCUGGAGAGAGCCGAGAACAGAAGGCAGAGGGCAGCGGAGGGAGGCACAGCAGUAUCCGUGGGGGCCUGUCCCCCUCUGUGGGUGCCCCCUGCCUCUCCCUCCUGCUGGCUGGCCUGCUCAACUGAAAGGGGGGAGACGGAGGCUCCGAGGCCCCGCCACUGCCUCCCACGCCAGCCAACGUGAAAGGCUUACAGGAUUAGUCAGCAGGCCAGCCGGGCCUUGGGAAAGAGCCACUGUCUCUCCAGCCUGGGCCAGCUGGGCGAACAAUGUGGCAUUUAUUGCUCAGGGGUCCCAGGCUUUGGGUGGGGGCCCGGUUGGCACAGUGGUGGGCGGUGGACUAGAGCUGGGCUGCUGGGAGGCUGCAUGGACAUUCUCACUCCCACUUAGGGCAGAUUUAGGAGGCCAGCCCUCAGACCUGACGCCGGCUGGGGGAUUGGUGGGGGAAGCACACGCACUUUGCAGUGAGAAUCGCCUUCCUCCUGUCUGCCUGGGUGCAGUGACAGAACCUCCCGCCCCGUCGGUAAACAGGACAGUCCCCGACAGGUGGCUGGUCUUCCGUGAGGCGGGCACGUAAAGCAGCUGGAUGGUCCUUGUCUCCCUCCCUUUCUUUUGGGAAUUUGAUUCUCCAGGUCACACCCGGAGCAGGCCUGGCCCGGGGAUUCUCAAACUCACCCAGGUUUGGCAGCUCAAGGGGCCCUAAACAUGAUGCAUUUCACAUGCGCACGACCUGCUCCCUGUGCCACUCUCACCCGACUAAGUUGCAUCAGAGCCCCUGCUGCGUGCAGACACUGGCAGGAUGAUGCCAUGAUGCCACUUGCAGUCAGCUCACCCUGUCUCAUCUCAAAGCUCGCCUGUCAUGGGAGGCUGCAGGGCCUGAGAAAGGCGGGUCAACCCCACAGCCCCCGUCCAGCUCCUCGGCUGAGCGACUGUUGGUCCUCCCGCCCCGCCAGGCCAGGGGCAGCUGCUGCCACGUGUGCAGCUGGGAGAGCAUGGGGACAUCCUGACCCCAGCUGCCGCAUCAAACAGGGGGCUCACUUCUCAUUCCUUAGAGUUGGAAGUCACCCUAAAAUCAUUUAGCUCCAUUUGCCAAAUUCAAUCACAUUCCUUCCUCAAACUCCCCAGGCCUCCGGGACAGGUCACGUCUCCCUGCUGGCUCUUAGGGUCAGGUAGGCCGAAGUGCAGAGCUAACAGGGACGGCUCAGGGCCCAGGAGGCAGAGGACCCAGCGCCCUGGCACCACUGCCCCCAGAGUGAAGGGGAGCACAGCUCCUUCCUGCAGAGGCCGGGCAGGAGGGGUCCUCUUCCAGGGAGCAGGGACACUGAGGAGGUGAAGCAGGAGAGAGGCGGGGCUUACUCUAAAACUGGGUCAAGAUGGCCUCGGAUUUGGGUAAGCUGGGCCCGCACGGCUCAGAGGCGGCAGCUGUGGGCAGCGAGGAGGGGGCCCAGCUCUGAAGGUUGGGGUGGGAGGGGGAGAACUUGGGAACUGGGCAGAGAAGUGAGGAUACUGCCGCUCCCCGGAAAUCAGCAGCCCUAACACCAAUAGAGAAGCACGAAGGACGGGUUGGCCAUCAGGCUCUGACAGCCCAGCAUUGCCCCAGGAGGGCAAUUAAUUGGUUCUAGAGUGGCAGGGGACAGAGUGCUGGCCUGCGUCCAACUCUGGCUGCAGGUGGACAGACCAAAAGAAAACACAGGCUCUGUCCCGCACCCUGGGAGGAGCCCAUGCUCCUGCCACGGUAACCCAGGUUUCAGGCAGCUCCCUGAAGACCCCGAGCUCCACUGGGCCCCUGCAAGCUCAAAGCUGGGACCACACGAAAAGUCAACGAGAGGCGGCGGCCAGGCGAGGGCCCAGGCACGUGUGCAGAGGCUGCUCGGUGCAGUGCUGCUGUGUGCCUGCGCGAGCGCGCGCCUCCCCCGUGGCUGUUUGUGCCCAGCGUGUGGGGUGUGCUGGUGUCCCCAGGCCUGCUGCUCAUUCCGUGCCAUCUACGGAAAAAUAAUCUGCACCAUACACGCCCCCAACACAAAAUUGGUCAUUUAUUCUUACUGUUGUUAGGAGGCAAAAAAAUGUACAGUUACAAGAAUCGUUUUCCAAACAGAGGUUAAAUAUGAGUUGAAAAGUGUAAAAAAGGAAGAGGAACGUCACUUUACAAAUCAUUAAAUUAAACAAAUAAAC